CUGGAUGGAGUGUGGAGCUGGAGGCUAGCGGGAAACGCACACCGAGAACCCCGUUCCCAACGCCAGAGUUCCACCCGAUAUAUUCUCAGGAAAUCAUGGCAACUCUACUCAUGUCCUGAGUUGGAAGCGACUCCGUUAGCCUGCUAGCUUUCCCAUCCCUGUGCCAAUCAUCGGUUCGGUCAUGAACCACACGCCCAGCCCUCACAUGGCCGAGGCGGCUAAAUCGGGUCUGCUGUGCGGCCUGGGCGUGGGUCCGGACAGAGUGCGCUCUCCAGACAGCAUGACCCACACGCCGAGCCCUACGGUGGGCACACCCAGUGCCAGCCCUCCCCUGCUGCUGUCCCCUGGUCUGGGCUGUGAUGGUAUGGGUACGGGAGCGGACUGGGAGAGCCGCGAGGAGCUGCGUCUGCGCGAGCUGGAGGAAGCGCGAGCUCGCGCUGCACAGAUGGAGAAGACGAUGCGCUGGUGGUCAGACUGCACGGCCAACUGGAGGGAGAAAUGGAGUAAAGUGCGUGCAGAGAGGAACCGGGCACGUGACGAAGUCCGGCAGCUCCGUCAGCGCCUCGACACGCUCACUAAAGAGCUAACAGGGGCGCGGAGAGAGAGACAGGAGCUGGCCUCCGAAAAUGAGCAACUCCAACUUGAGGUUCAGAGACUCAGAGCUGAUCAGAGCUGUCCAUCAAAUGCCAACAUCUCCUCUCCCAUAUCCAACUUGUCCACUGCUGAUUCUGACAAACAGCACAGCCACGAGGAGGAGGAGAGCGUCGGAGAUGGACCGGGUUCUCCAGAGCCAGAACCCGUCAGAGACGUGGGAACUGAGAAACCAGAAAGGCAAAAGGAGCUGCAGCUGUUGGAGACUCUGCUGAGGGUGAAGGCUGAGUCCCCGGACUCGUGGGAUGCUCGCAGUAUGAGCAGCCUGCGCACGGCUCUGAGCCGCCAGGACCGGAACAGACUGCUGUGGGAGGAUCUGGCAACCCCGGAUGAGGACAGCAAACUCAAUGUCCUUCAGCUGCGUCUCGACGAGUCUCAGAAAGUCCUGCUGAAGGAGCGCGAGGACAAACUAGCACUCAGUAAGAACAUUGAGAAGCUGGAGGCCGAGCUGAGCCAGUGGAAGCUCAAACAUGAGGAACUGAAUAAGAGCAAACAGGAAGCUUUCAAACAGUUGAACCUGCUGAGGGAGGUGCAUCAGGAUGAACUUGGCCGCAUGUCUGAAGAUCUAGAGGAUGAGCUUGGAGCUCGGACCAGCAUGGACAAGAAACUAGCCGAGCUUCGGGCAGAGAUGGAGCGUCUGCAGGUGGAGAACGCGGCAGAGUGGGGCAGGCGGGAGCGACUGGAAACGGAGAAGCUGGCACUGGAGCGUGACAAUAAGAAGCUGCGUGCGCAGAUGGAGGACCUAGAGGAGCAGCUGGCACGCAAACGCAGACAGGCAGCUAGCGCACUGGACACCGACCUCAAGACCAUCCAGAGUGAGCUGUUCGAGAGGAACAAGGAACUAGCAGACUUGCGUCACGUCCACACAAAGGUGAAGAAGCAGUAUCAAGAGAAGAUGGCGGAGCUAGCUCACGCUAACCGGCGAGUGGAUCAGCACGAAGCCGAGGUGAAGAAGUUGAGGUUGAGGGUGGAGGAGCUGAAGAAGGAGCUGGGUCAAGCUGAGGAUGAGCUGGAUGAUGCUCGUAACCAGAGCAGGAAGUUGCAGAGGGCUCUGGAUGAGCAAGUGGAGCAAUCGGAGAACCUUCAAGUUCAGCUGGAGCACCUACAGUCCAGGCUGAGGCGUCAGCAGAACCCAGGCUUGUUUGGGAAGAUGAGAACGUCGUCGUCCUCGUCACGGUUCUGCCCUGAUGACCCCGAGCGCACGGUCAGCGACCCUGACGAGGAGGAAGAGCUGCAGAUUCAGAUCCCGUGAACAGCAUCCCAUAAUAUCCAAACUGGGACCUUUAAACUGUCCAGCUCAUACAGGACACAGGACGGGUUCUGAUGUGAAACUGUGUCUGAAACAUGGGGAUGGUUCCUCUGUGGUUCCUGUACAGAGAGCAGCAGAGGAACUGGAGGAGGAAGUGACUUCAGCAUCCACACAUCUCACUUGCGUCGUCUUCUGUGAUCGCUUCCGCUGAGCCGUGCUCUCGGACCCGAAUACAGCGCUUUUACUUUGUUACAGUACACUACAGGUACAGGUGGAGCUUGUGGGGUGGUGACAUCAUUUCCUGUUGCUAACACUGAACACAAACAUUAACAGAGAAACUGAUUUUAUUUUUGUUUAUUAUACAGAGAGCUAAAAUCUCAGACAGUUGGAUUGUUUAGAUGAUCAGACGCCACUGAAGAUGACCAAUCAUCAUUCUGCACCAUUUCUAGCUCCGCCCACACAUCCCUUUUCAUUAAAUGUAGGAAAUUUUACCGUACCUUACCAUUGUGUACUGUCCCAGUGUAAAAGUGCCGUCAUUACACUCUUCCUCAGCUUUCUAUGACUUUUCUGUUCCACUACGGCGUUUAUUCCUUCGUACAGAAUGCAGUGUCGUGUCGUCACGUCUGUGUGCUGUGUAAACGUUCUCUCCAGGUUCACACUCAUUUUUGUGUUUGCUUUGCUGUGUGUGUGUUUUGAUGUUGGAGUUCUGACACAACCAGCUCACCGUGAGCCGUCUGCACCGGUCGGCCCUCAGUAGUGCUGGUUGGCAGUGGAAGAGAAAGCGAACUCUCUGAUUGGCUGAUCAGAUCAUGAAUGUACAUUAUAGUCCUGAUUUUGUGUUAAUUAUAAAUCGGAACCCCCGUUGUGUGUGCGCGCGCAUUGUGGUGUUCUCCAUCAGCACUUCAGUCUUUAUAAGUGUAAUCCACUAUGGACUCUGUUAGCUCCGCCCCUUUUGCUACAAAGAGCAGGCUGCGAAUUCCAAGUGGGAGUCCAUAAUGUGACACUUUUUUUCUUCUUUUUUUUUUUCCAGUUAUAUAUCCGGUCUGUCGUCCCCCGUUAGUGACGUUCCCCUCACACGUGCAGGACUUCCAUACAGCGUAUUUUACAGGUGAUGAUGGGGAGGAUGAGGUGAUGAGUACUCAGCCCUGGUUGGUGUUUAGUUCUUUAAUGUCGGCUCGGUGUGUCACAGCUCUAACGUUGAGCUCCAGUUUGUCCUGACUUUACUGUUUAAGCAAUAAAAACAAUUCACCUUCUGGACCAACAUCAGCAACCAACAAUGAGGACCAACAGACUUAGACUCCUUCAGCAAGACGUUUUUACUCGUCGUUCUGACAAAUAUUUAUAAAACUUUUGUUACGUAAAUUGUUCUGUAUUACAGGUUUUUUUGUAUUUAGCAUUAUAAAUAUUAAGUGUGUAUAAA